AUGGCUGAUCUACCUAAGGUACGUGUAAGACAAGCCUUUCCGUUUCAAAACACUGGAUGUGACUAUGCCGGUCCCUUUACCUUGAAGAUACAUCACGGAAGGAACUCGAAAACCUCUAAACGUUACAUAUGCCUUUUCGUUUGUAUGGUGACAUCAGCCAUACAUUUGGAAUUGGCAACUGAUUUAAGUACGGAAUGUUUUUUGGCCGCUCUUCGUCGCUUCAUGGCACGUCGUGAUAAAUGCUCAACCAUCUAUAGCGACAACGGCAAAAACUUUGUCGGCGCAAAACGUAAGCUGAAUGAAAUGUAUCAACAACUUCAGGCUGACAAUCACAACAAGAUCAUCACUGAGGCUUUAGCGAAGGAUGAUAUCAAAUGGAUUUUCAUCCCACCCUAUUCUCCACAUUGGGGUGGUAUUUGGGAGUCAGGUGUGCGUUCGGUGAAACUGCACUUACGCCGCGUUAUUGGCUCAACUAUACUGACGUUCGAACAGAUGAAUACGCUUCUCGCUCAAGUGGAGGCUGUCAUCAACUCUAGACCACUGGGGUCCGCCCCAGACACGGAUACUAAUUAUUUGUCUCCUUCUCAUUUUUUAAUAGGCAGGCCGACUACUUUGGUACCUGAUGGUAAUUUAACUGAAAUAGAAUCAAAUCGUCUUGACUAUUGGCAACACGUACAAUGUAUGUGCCAAGGGUUUUGGCGAAGAUGGAGUAGGGAAUAUUUGAACUCACUUCAGCAACGUCCCAAAUGGACAAAUACUCAACCUAAUAUUUCGAUGGAUGAUAUUGUCCUCAUAAAGGCGGAUAACACUCCCCUCUCAACUUGGAUCACUAGUCGUGUUAUUGAGAACUUUCCUGGUAGCGAUGGUUUAACAAGGGCAGUGCGGCUUAAGACCUCUCAUGGAACAAUGACAAGAUUGUCAAACUUCCCAUAUGCUGAAACGCUGUUUCAGGGCCGCCCGGGAUGUUGA